AUGCUAGCUCAUCUAGCUGCUAGUGGUCGAUGUGCUACUCUCCGUACGCUUCCUCGUGCAAAUACAUUAGCUGUUAUCCGUAAAGCUUCAUCAUCAAGUGGAAGUAAACAAACUGAAGAGCCAGUAGCCGUUUCAACACCAGCUGGAAGCAAUGAUCCAAAUAAUUCACCAAUGAGUCAACGACCAUUACCUCCUGACGAUGGCAAAGUCCGUUUUCCCAAUCCUUGGGAUGUUAUCCUUAAUAAGCGUCGUUUUGAAUAUGCUAUGAAAUUUAAAGGAUAUGAUGAUCCAUUUGAUAUGAUGCCAGUUAAACGUAUUGAAAACAGCACAGCAGAAAAUCCAAAUUUAUUACCAAGUUGUAAUGAUAAACGACUAAUGGCUUGUAUCUGUAAUGAGGAUGUAUAUCACUUGAAAUGGAUGCAUCUUCAUCGUGGUGAACCAAAACGAUGUUAUUGUGGUCAUUGGUUCAAAUUAACUGAACGACAAUUUGUUGAUUUAAGUGAUUUUGGUAUAACUGAAGAUAUGCAAAAACCAGCCGCCCAUUAA